AAAAACACUUUGAAAAGAGGUUUAUUACGCCGAAAUUACGUCUCAUAGGCAGUGCAUAUCCAUCUUUGUUUACCGAAGACGAGAUUUCCUCUGGAAUACCAUCACAGGACAAUGCCGAAAACAUGGAUAUUGAUUUGGAGCAUAGUUACUCGCGUAAAAGACACUUUGACCACACAUACUUUCAAAGGGAACCACUAAAAGAAGUAAUUGCCUCUAGCUCCAGUGAGUCUCAGAAUGUGUCUGGCCCAUCGCAAAUUCCACCGCCUAAACAGGACUUAGUUAAUCCUGUAAUCAUUGAACCAGUGAUGAAUGAAGCAUUUCAAGCCUCUGUCUUGGAUACAGUCAGAAUUGCUAAGGAUCCGAAACCUAUGAGAAGACGUUUAAUCACGAAAGCAAAAGAUUUGUCACCAACAUGCAAAAGUAUUUAUAAAGAAUACAAAAAGUCUAAACAGCAGGCCGAUUUUCUUCGAAGAGCUAAGAGAGCCCUUCAGUUUAACAAGAAAAUGUCCCGUUUAAAUAGCAUGGUGUAA